UUUUUUCUUUUUUUUAUCUUUUUCUGCUUCUUGUUCCUGUAGUAUUAUUAUUUAUAAAAAGAAAAAAAAGAAAAUGAUGAUGUCGACAGGUGCAGCUGGUGAAAUGAAUAAUAUACAUAGGAUUCCAAGUGAACAAAAGAACGCAUUUUAUUCUUUUCUUCAAUCACUUGCUACUUUUACUGGAGAUAUCUCUGCUUUAACAUGUCCUACUUUCUUACUUGCACCCAAAUCAAUUACUGAAUACUCAGACUAUUGGGCAGCACAACCGGAACUCUUCGCAGCCAUCCCUCAAAGUGAUAACGAAGUUAAGAGACUCUUGGCAUUCAUUAAAUGGUUCAUCAGUUAUUUGAACGCAGCCUAUAUAAGACGUGUUCCUAAAGGACAAUGGGAAAAGAAACCUCUCAACCCUGCUUUAGGUGAACAAUGGUUCAUGACCUGGUGCGAUGUGGAUAAUUGCGGAGAAACUGAAGUUUUAUGUGAACAAGUCUCGCAUCAUCCACCAGUCACAGGCUUUUAUAUUAAAAAUCAAAAGGCCGGUGUUGUCUUGAAUGGUUAUUCAGGUCAAAGUACUCGUAUAUCAAAUGCUACACUUGUUUGUGAUCAAACAGGCCAUGAAGUCGUUACUCUCAAAUCUCGUAAUGAUGAAACCUAUCUUUUUACAAGCCCUUCGCUUACAGUGCGCGGUAUUUGGUACGCAGCACCGUAUGUAGAGCUUAUUGGUACAACAUGCAUUCAAGCAUCUACUGGUUACUAUGCUUUUAUUGAAUACUCUUCUCGUGGUUGGAUAUCAGGUGAAAAGAAUCAUUUUCGAUGCGUGAUUCGAAAGAAUGACGGAGAUCCCAAGGAGAUCUUGUAUCGCAUUGAAGGACAAUGGAGUGGAAAAUCUACCAUUACCGAUUACACAACAAAGUUGACAGAACCCUUUUUAGAUGUGAAUAUGUUGGAACCUGCAAAAGCAAAAGUAAAGCCUUUGCAAGAUAUGGGUGAGAUGGAAACCAGGCGUAUUUGGCAAAAAGUGUCUGAAGCCAUUCGUAAUAACGAUAUGGUACUGGCUGGUACAGAAAAAAGUGUGAUUGAAAACCAAAAGAGAGCUGAACAAAAGGAGCGGGAAGAUAAAGGUCUCAAAUGGGAACCUCAGUAUUUUAAAUGGGUCGAUAACGAACCUCAAGUUGAUAAAUUACGAAAAAUGCUAAGUCAGGUUGUGAAAUAUAAAGAUGAUGCAACAAACAGAAAUGGAAAUUGGGUAUUUAAAGGUGAACUUUAAUCUUUCUUUCUAUCUAUCUUUUCUCACUGCAUCCCUCAACAUCCUCAUAUCUUAUCUGUAUACACACUACACAACCAAUCACAAUUAACCCUAAUUUCUUAUACUCACUUACAAAGGCUAAUAAAAAAAAAAGACUUUCCCUUUGA